CUUAUUCUGAUCUGAAAAAUUACUAUGAAUUCACAGCCUGCUAUCACACAGGCCCCUGCAACAGUUUUCAUAACACUGCUUUGCUUUAGAUACUAAGCACACUUGUCACUGAACUUUCCUGUGAAGACAUUAAGUCAGAAUGCCCUCACAGAAAAAUGCACAGAGGAGGUCUACACAAUGAAAUAUGUUUCCAUUUCCAGGCAAAACACCUUAUUUUUUUUUUUAAAUAACAAGUGAAAGAUAGCAGGAAAAGUUCUGAACCAGUGCCCAAAAUUGAAGGCACUCUGCAACUGGUGUGGGUUGAUCGCUGCCUUCCCGGUUAUGGAAGGAAUGCUCUAAUACAUCCAGACUGUCCAGAGCAUUGUGUUGUAUGCAGCCCAGGAUCAUACAACCCUAGUAACGGAAUUCAUUGUCUUUGGUGUAACAGCAGUUUGAUCUAUGGCACAACAAAGUGCUAA